AUGGAAUCACCUGCUGGUGGAUUGCGGGAUACAUCUGUUGUUGUUGUUACACUUGAUACGAGUGAGGUAUAUAUAAUUGUGAGUUUGUCUUCUAGGAAUGACACUCAAGUGAUCUAUAUUGAUCCGACAACUGGGUCUCUUAGACAUGAGCAGAAGGUGGGUUAUGAUGUUUUUAAUUCCGAAGAUGAGGCAUUAAACUACAUCACAAAUGGUUCAAGGUCGAUUUACAAGACUAUAACCUAUGGCAGAGCCAUAUUAGGUUAUGCAGUGCUUGGGAGCUUCGGCUUGCUGCUUGUUGCAACAAAGUUGAAUGCUAGCAUUCCAAAUUUGCCUGGUGAUGGGUGUGUGUACACUGUUAGUGAGAGCCAAUGGAUCAAAAUCUUACUUCAAAACCCCCAACCCCAAGGGAAAGGAGAAGUAAAGAAUAUUCAAGAACUUGCUGAACUUGAUAUUGAUGGAAAACACUACUUUUGUGAAACAAGGGAUAUAACACGACCUUUUCCAAGUCAUGCUUCUGUUCGAGACCCCGAUGAGGAAUUCGUUUGGAAUGGGUGGUUCUCGAGUCCUUUCAGACGAAUUGGUCUGGAGCAACACUGUGUCAUUUUACUGCAGGGAUUUGCAGAAUGUCGAAGUUUCGGAAGCUUAGGUCAGCAAGAAGGAAUUGUUGCUCUUAUAGCUCGUCGAAGCAGGCUUCAUCCUGGCACUCGAUACCUAGCAAGGGGCAUAAAUUCUUGUUACAGCACAGGCAAUGAAGUUGAGUGUGAGCAAGUUGUAUGGGUCCGGAAAAGGGCUGGUCAAAGUGUGGGUUUCAACUCGUAUUUAUGGAGACGAGGCACUAUUCCCAUCUGGUGGGGUGCAGAACUGAAGAUGACAGCUGCAGAAGCAGAAAUUUAUGUUGCAGAGCGUGAUCCAUAUAAAGGAAGUGCAGAGUAUUACCAGAGACUAAGUAAGAGAUACGAUAAACGAGAUAGGCAAAAGAAAAGUCCAUUGGUUCCAAUUGUGUGCAUUAACCUGCUAAGGAAUGGAGAAGGGAAAUCAGAAGCCAUUCUGGUUCAUCAUUUUGAAGAAUCUAUGAAUCACAUCCGAUCAAGCGGAAAACUUGCCAACACUAGGGUUCUGUUAAUAAAUUAUGACUGGCAUGCGACCAUCAAAUUAAAGGGGGAGCAACGAACCAUCGAAAGACUGUGGUCCCUCCUAAAAGCACCAACAAUAUCCAUAGACAUUUCUGAAGGGGAUUAUUUGCCAUCUCGUCAGAGGAUGAAGGAUGUUCAAGGUGAAGUGAUUUAUAAUGAUGAUGACCCUGUUGGUGCCUUCUGCUUACGCUCACAUCAGAAUGGAAUCAUACGCUUCAACUGUGCGGAUUCUUUGGAUCGAACAAAUGCCGCCAGCUAUUUUGGUGCCCUUCAGGUUUUCACAGAGCAGUGUAGGCGCCUAGGAAUAUCUCUCGACACUGACUUGGCUAUUGGUUAUCAAUCAGCUAACAACUAUGGUGGAUAUACCGCACCUUUGCCCCCUGGAUGGGAAAAACGAUCUGAUGCUGUAACUGGAAAAUCAUAUUACAUCGAUCACAAUACCAGGACCACCACUUGGAAUCACCCAUGUCCAGAUAAACCUUGGAAACGUUUUGACAUGACCUUUGAGGAGUUCAAAAGGUCUACAAUCUUGUCACCCGUUUGUCUGCUGGCUGACCUUUUUCUGCUAGCUGGUGAUAUUCAUGCCACAAUCUACACUGGAUCUAAAGCAAUGCAUAGUCAGAUUCUUAGUAUAUUUACUGACGAACCUGGAAAGUUCAAGCAGUUUUCUGUCGCACAGAAUGUGAAAAUCACGUUGCAGAGAAGAUAUAAAAACGCAAUUGUUGAUAGCUCUCGUCAGAAGCAGUUAGAGAUGUUCCUUGGACUACGCCUUUUCAAGCAUCUUCCAUCACUACCACUCCAACCUUUACAUGUGCCAAGUAGACCAUUUGGUUGUGUUCUGAAGCCGGUUGCCAGCAUUUUGCCGAGUUCUGAUGACGGAGGCAGUCUUCUUAGCUUUAAGCAGAAAGACCUUAUCUGGGUUUGUCCACAGGCAGCAGAUGUCAUGGAAGUGUUUAUCCAUCUUGGAGAGCCUUGUCAUGUUUGUCAGCUUCUUCUAACAAUUUCACAUGGUGCAGAUAGUUCAACAUAUCCAUCAAGAGUUGAUGUGAGAACUGGACGUGAUCUAGAUGGGCUUAAACUUGUUGUGGAGGGAGCCUCUAUUCCUGAGUGUGCUAAUGGGACAAGCAUUGUGAUACCCAUACCAGGAGCUGUGAGUGAUGAGGAUAUGGCUGUGACAGGAGCAGGUGCACGUGUACAUGACCAAGAUACAACCAAGCUUCCAUUUUUAUAUGAUUUUGAAGAACUGGAGGGCGAAUUGGAUUUUCUAACUCGUGUGGUUGUACUCACAUUCUAUCCUGCUGUGUCAGCCAGAACCCCUAUCACACUUGGUGAGGUAGAGAUACUUGGAAUUUCUCUUCCAUGGAGAGACCUUUUUGCUUCUGAUAUGAGGUUAUGGGAACAUAUCAAUAAAAUCAAAACCAUUACCAAUACCAACCCUCUGCCAUCAUCUGAUGCAAACAGCAAUCCCUUUUCUACUGAUGACAAUUCACUAAAAUCCAAAAAUUCCAGUACCUGGGUGGACCUGUUAUCGGGUGAUGACAUUAUAUCCAUUUCACAACCAGUGCAACAAACUGCUUUACAUGAUCCAUUUCUCAACCCGUUUCAUGAUGAUGAUGAAGCAAGUGAGCCUCCUUCUCCUAAGGUCUCUGUACCUGUGCCAACUGAAAGUGGUUCACAACAGUAUAUAAGUUGUUUUAAGACGAUGACUCGCUCACACGUGGCUAAGAAAUUAGGGUUUGUAGAAGCCAUGAAACUAGAAAUAGAACGUCUUGGGCUGAAUCUAUCUGCUGCCGAAAGGGAUAGAGCUUUAUUGUCUAUUGGCAUCGAUCCGGCUUCUAUAAAUCCAAAUGCACUGCUUGAAGAAUCUUACAUAGCUUCAUUAUGCCGGGCUGCAAACGCCCUUGCACUUGUUGGUCACACUUAUUUAGAAGAUAAAAGUGGUGGUGCUAUUGGGCUUGGUGGUAUUGCUACUGAUGACAUCGAUAUCGAUUUCUGGAAUAUUAAUAAAAUCGGGGAAGGUUGUUGUGGGGGAUCGUGUCAGGUUCGUGCCGAAGCUUUAACAUCAACAUCAACAUCAACAUCGACAUCAACAUCUUCCAUGUUUUCGUGCUCCGAGUGUCGGCGCAAAGUUUGCAGAGGUUGUUGUGCUGGUAAAGGAGCUCUUCUUCUUCUUGGUCAAGGAGAUGGCCGUUCAGAUGGGGGUGGUGUUAUUUGUAAGUUGUGUUGUCAUGAUACACUUCUUGAUGCUCUCAUUCUGGACUAUGUUAGAGUUUUACUCACCCACCGAAGAAACACCCGCUGUGACCUUGCUGCUUACAAAGCUUUCCAUCAAGUCUUGGGACCAAAAACAAUGAUGAAGCCCCAGCCUGUGUCUCACAACCAUGGAACAAAUAAGCUCAACCACCAGUUACUCAAAGGACAGGAAUCAUUAGCUGAAUACCCAUCUGGCAGCAUUUUACACUCGGUUGAAUCGGCACCAGGUUCAGCACCACUGUUGUCGCUGCUAGCACCUUUGGAUAGUGAUGUAUCGGAUGAGUCAUACUGGAAAGCUCCUCAUACCACCUCUUCUGUUGAGUUUGUUGUUGUUCUUGGCAAUCUUUCCAAGGUCUCAGGCGUUAUCCUUGUUGUUAGUCCUUGUGGCUAUUCCAUAUCUGAUUCCCCUACUGUGCAAAUAUGGGCAAGCAACAAAAUACAGAAGGAAGAAAGAAGAAUUAUGGGAAAAUGGGAUGUUGGAUCACUCCUGACAUCUUACCCUGAGCUAUGUGGGCCUGAAAAACCUGGCUCAAGCUCAAGCUCUGUAAAUUUUGACCUUCUAUCCUUGGAUGAAAAUCCUUUCUCGGACUACAAUAGGCGUUCCUCUUUAGGAGGACCAUUGGAAACGGAUCCGUGUUUGCAUGCUAAAAGAAUUAUUGUGGUUGGAAAUCCAGUGAAAACAUCAGAUAUUUCAUCUGCAAAAACUUCUACUGACCACAUUAGCCUCAAAAACUGGUUGGAUAAACCUCCACCCCUCAACAGAUUCAAGGUUCCAGUUGAGGGUGAGAGGUUGAUUGAGAAUGAGCUGGUGUUGGAACAAUAUAUGUCUCCAGCCUCACCAAUGCUGGCAGGAUUCCGCCUUGAUGGCUUUUCUGCAAUAAAACCUCGAGUUACCCAUUCACCUUCAUCUCAUGAUCAUCAUCAUCUAUCAGCUUUUUGGGAAAAUAGAUUUAUAUCUGCACCCGUACUAUACAUUCAAGUAUCCGCUUUACAGGAGAAUCAGAACAUGGUGGUAGUUGCAGAAUACCGGUUACCAGAGGUGAAGGGUGGGACCCCCAUGUACUUUGAUUUUCCUAGACCUGUCAACAGUCGGCGAAUCUGUUUUAGACUAUUUGGGGAUGUUACAUCAUUUGCAGAUGAUCCCACAGAUCAGGAUGAUUCUGAUUUGAAAGGUCGCCCCCCAUUGGCCACAGGGCUCUCUUUAUCCAACCGAAUUAAGCUUUACUACUAUGCUGAUCCCUAUGAGCUUGGGAAAUGGGCUAGCCUUUCUGCUGUUUAACUUGCUUCUAUCUUCUUUGUCCCUAGAAAAAAAUUCAUCUCAUUCAUUGCUGUAAUGUUGUGUAAAUUUCUUUAUUUUUUUGUGUUUCUGUUUGCUGGGAUUUAUCUUAUUAAGGCUGGAGUUGUAAUUGGUUUCGUCUGUUUUCCUCCCAACUCCAAUUGUGAGGUUUGCUUAAAUUGGGCGAUUCUAUUUCAAAUUGACAUCUGAUCGUACCUCUGGAGGAUUCUAGGGUCACGUAAGAAUAUUAUUUUUUAUGUUUGCACAAGCUUCUAAUUGAUUUUAAAGGCUUGUGCGAAGUGGAAAAAUGGACCCUCUAUACAUUUUAGG